AUGAACACUUCCCGUCAGCAGGCCGUGCCACUCCCCGCUCAUGCCUCAGAAGUAUCGACUAGCACAUCAUCUUCCACACAGAAGAAUGCGCGCGCACCAUAUCCCGAUAUGUUAGGUACACCGCCGGUUCCUCCCCCGAGGACCUCCUCCACCCACCACAGUCGCCGCAGUCCAAAUGGAACCUCUACAGAUAAAACGAGUAGCUCCCGACAAGGAAAGAGCAGGUCAGAUCGAAAAGAAAGCCGUGAUCGUACGCGCGACGACCGAAAUGGUAGAUCACGGAGGAACCAGCCUGAAGAGACAUCACGCGAAGUGCAACAAUCAAGGAACGCACCCGUCACAAACCCCACCGAGUCAGAAAUGGACAGUAUCCAUGGCCAAGGGAACUUUGUAAAAGAGCCAAGCGCGGAAGUCGAUUCUGUGCUGGCUCACGGCCAUCUUAUCGACCAAGAGAGAGAACAGGUACGACCAGCUGGCACAGAAAAUGCAUCUUCAUCCGGAUUCGGCGCAGCCACCGCCGACGGUGCGGAGGAGGCUCGUGGGCCUCGAAGUCGCCACGAUUACAAUAAUGGGAACGUUAUCAAGCGCAAGGAAACCACUUUUGGCUCGUACAUUCUCGGACAAACCCUCGGCGAGGGCGAGUUUGGAAAGGUCAAGCUGGGGUGGAAGCGCGAUGGCAGUAUCCAGGUGGCAAUCAAGCUCAUCCGGAGAGACACGCUGGGGACCAACCCCAGUCGACUACCGAAAAUCUACCGUGAAAUCGCCAUUCUACGUGAGCUAGCACACCCCAACAUUGUGCGCCUCCACGAAAUGGUGGAAACCGAUCGUCAUAUUGGUAUCAUUAUGGAAUACGCGUCAGGAGGUGAACUAUUUGAUUACAUCUUAAAUAAUCGAUACCUCAAGGAUAAUUCCGCACGCCGCCUGUUUGCUCAGUUGGUUUCCGGGGUUGGUUACCUGCACAAAAAGGGUAUUGUGCACCGUGAUCUCAAGCUAGAGAACUUGCUACUCGAUCGGAAUCGCAACAUCAUCAUUACGGACUUUGGUUUUGCAAAUACAUUCGACCCGGUGGAUCCUCUGGACGAGGAAAUCGAGUACAACUUGACCAACAAAGAAUAUGUGAAACGGAAGCGCCUGGACAAGAUUGGCGCAAAUGGGCUAAGACGAGGCGAUCUUAUGCAGACCAGCUGUGGUAGUCCCUGCUAUGCAGCACCCGAGCUUGUCGUGAGCGAUUCUUUAUACACAGGGCGGAAGGUGGAUGUGUGGAGCUGUGGUGUGAUUUUGUAUGCCAUGCUAGCAGGAUACCUACCCUUCGAUGACGACCCAGCGAAUCCAGAUGGCGACAACAUCAAUCUUCUGUACAAAUAUAUUGUGACUACUCCUCUCACGUUCCCGGAAUACGUCACACCACAUGCACGCGAUCUAUUGAGACGGAUACUGGUUCCCGAUCCUCGGAAACGUGCAGACUUGUUCGAAGUUGCCCGCCACAGCUGGCUCAGCGAGUUCUCGAACAUUGUCUCUCACAUCACAAGCAGCACGACAAACGUUGUGGACAUUGCGAACACAACGAUUCCGUCUGAAACUCAAAAGGAAGCACCGCCGCUUGUCCGUAGUGCCUCAGUGCGCGAACCACCGAAGACUCACCAGACCAAUGCAACUGCUUCCAGGACUCCCCGCGAUGCCAAGCGGAGGACGGUCCAAGUGGAAUAUGUUGCUCCUCAAUCACAGACGACACGAGGAGAGCCUCCGGCGGAGCCGUCUGCAUCACGCAGCCGAGCCCCGGCCCCAUCGGAAGCCCAAAUUGCGGGUUCAGUGCAACAGCCCACGGAACUCGCACACCAGCCUACAGAUGCACCAGCACUCAAUCUCAACAAACCACUUCCAGGACACUUCCCGCGCUCGACUUCGGACAAUGUGGGACUGACUGGGUCGCAGCCGAAUGCCAUCCCCCAAGGGCCUCGGCCAGCCACUGGCGCAUCUAUGAACUCCCUUGGAAACACUGGUCGUUUGCCUUCUCGGGGCUCCUAUGGACAACCAGUGGCCCCCACUGUUACCGCAACUAACACAGAAGGCCGUCUAGCACAGCCCAAGAGCAGGCAAUUUGCCCUUGCACAGGACCCUGCGCAGGCAUCGAGCACAUCUAUAGGUCGUCCAAGCACCCAGAACCAGCAAUUGCCUUCAACGUUCAAUACUACUCCUCGACAAGAGCCGCCAAAGGGCCACAAGAGGUCCAAUACUGUCUCCAGCCUAGGCGAGAAGCUUUUCGGUCGUUCUGGUUCAAUAUUGGGUGGCCCGUUACCCCCUGUCAGCAUGAAGGAUCCUCUACCAAGAGAAAACUCUAGAAUGUCUAUGGACUCUCGCCGCUCAAUGCAGUACCCCCACAACCGCAAGACGAGCGAGGCUGGUGCGGAAAGUCGCCCUCGUCGAUUCUCAUUACUCCCGCAGUCUUUCUCAUUCCGAGGUUUCUCUAAUACCCGGGCUCAAACCCCCGAAGAAACCUCACAAAUCCCUCGUCCUGUUGAUCCCCGUUCCCCACAACGCCCCGCCACGGGCCCCGGUCCGACGCAAGGUCGUUCUCGGGCAACAAGCUAUGGCACUCAAGAUGCCAUGGGAAUAGUUGACGAGGGACCCGGUGAGGAUGUACACAACGAACCUGAGCCGCUUAGCUACGAGGCGCAGAUCGAUCGGCAGUUUGCAGACCUCGGAUCUCAAUUUGAUCACCAGAGUGGUUCAUUUGGAGUUCCCUCGGCUGAGCAAGUAUACCAGAACUCCGCAGACCUCCCCAGUCGUCAAAACCACCCGUCUAAGCCAAGCUACUACGAUGAUUACAACGGCCCGUAUGACAACAUGCCUAGGCAGUCGAUGCAGGUUAGUCGAUCAGGGCGUGGGCCGGGUGUUUUGCAGAAAAACCACCGCAAAUUCGCCGACGCCUACGAAUAUGAGCGCGAUGGCUCUCACCAUUCCGGCAGCUCUGGGGCAGCACGCAAAGUCAUGGACUUCUUCCGAAGACGUGCCAAGUCCCGCGCUGGUGACGACCGUUGA